CCUCCAGCUGACGGCUCUCAGACACACAGAGGACGUGAGCGCAUCUAGGCUGCGGCGCUCCCCCAAACACACGCACACUUCCACCUCAGCCAUGGCGGAAAACGGACGCGCUCCUGUCUACCUGAUCACCGGCGGCUGCGGCUUCCUCGGAAAGCAUCUGCUCGACGUUCUGCUGGAGAAGGAGGACCGGCUGGAGGAGGUGCGGGUCUUCGAUAAGCACGUAGACCCAGGGCUUGGCGAGCGGAGGCGCGCAGACGGAGCGAAGGUGACUGUGAUCCAGGGGGACAUCGCGGAUUACAACAGCGUCCUGGAGGCCACGCGGGGGGCCGACGUUGUCAUCCACGCUGCCAGUCUGGUGGACGUCUGGCACAAAGUCCCAGAGGACGUCAUCUACUCCGUCAACGUUACAGGAACGGAGAACGUCAUCAAAGCCUGCGUGGAAUGCGGCGUGGAGCGCCUCGUCUACACCAGCAGCAUGGAAGUGAUCGGACCCAACAUUAAAGGAGAUCACUUCAAGAGAGGCAAUGAAGACACGCCGUAUGAAAUAAAGCACACUAUGGCCUACCCCAAGAGUAAGGCCAAGGCAGAGCAAGUAGUCCUGGAAGCCAACGGCAGAACGGUAAAGGGUGGGAAGCGUUUAUACACCUGCUCGCUGAGACCGACGGGGAUCUAUGGCGAAGGCCACCAGCUGAUGAAGGACUUCUACAACCUGGCUGCAGAAAGGGGAGGCCUGGUCAUCGGUGGCGUCCCAGCUCACAUUGAACACGGGCGUGUCUAUGCAGGUAACGUCGCCUGGAUGCAUGUUCUGGCAGCUCGAGCCCUGAGGGCGAAUCCCGAGAAAGUCGGCGGCGAAGCCUUCUUCUGCUACGACGAGUCCCCCUACAAAAGCUACGAGGACUUCAACAUGACGCUGCUGUCCGAGUUCAACUUUCGGAGGGUGUCCAUGCCUGCCAUCAUCCUCUGGUUCCUGGCCUUUUUCAACGACUUUCUGCGCUGGGUGCUGAGUCCCAUGUACAACUACACGCCGCUGCUGAACCGCUACACGCUGGCCGUGGCCAGCACCACCUUCACGGUGCAAACGGACAAGGCGCAGAGAUACUUCCACUACCAGCCGCUCUACGACUGGAAUCAGUGUCUAGCGCGUACGCAGUCGUGGAUCAGGACAUUCCCAUCCGACAAACCAAAGGACUGCUAGCGUAACGUCAACCACUACAAAGUCAUUUCAGGCGCCGUCAUGCAGACAAGCAGGAUCGAGGCGGAGACCGUUUUGCUGUUCGGUGGGAAAACGAGCAAUAAAGAGCAGCAAAAACCUGCAUGUUAUAUGCAGUGGCUGAGGAAACGUGUGGAAAAAAAACUGUUUUAAUCACAUCUUAAUCGCAAUAAAGGAUAAUUCCUUGCUGUUAGUCAUAAUAUAUAUCAUAAUUAAUGUUUAAUAUAAAGGAUUUUUGUUUCCAGUGUCUUUCAGUUAUUGAAAUGAAAUAGCUAUUCCUCUGUGCAAUUAUCAUUCUGAAGUCAUGUUACCAACGCUGUGAUAGCUUCAGCUCCCGGUACUGCGUGUCCUUGCGCAAUUCUUUUUUGUAAAGUAUUUUUAUACAAGAUUUAUGAAAUAUCUGUUGUGAAAAGUAGACGCCGUCCAGCAAUGUAAUUAUGACCUGUUGCUUUCAUAGUAGUUUUUAAAGGCAUGACAGUUUAAAAA